AUGUUCAACGCCAUGAUGAUGUCCAUGAUGGGCAAAGGCUCUGGGAAGAACGGUCUCCGUAGCUUCGCUCCAGACCUCAAGGUCUGGGUGGGAGGCAUGCCGCCCAACAACGUGAGUAAGGAGAUCAACAUGAAGUUGAAGGAGCACAUGUCCUCGGCCGGCGUCAAUUGCCUUUACGCAGAGGUUGGCAAAACCGGCACCGGCGGGGCAGCCUUUAAGACCAACUCGGAUGCGCAGGUCGCCUGCGCUGCGUUGAAUGGGUCCCUCUUUCAGGGGAUGCCGAUUCAAUGUGACCUAUGGAGUGCCCAAGGCAAGAAGGUGUGACCGGCAGACCAUCCGGAACCGUGACCGGAACCGCUAAAAGAAAGCAACACGGUUUUAUGAAAGCAGAUCUAUGAAGGCAAUAUGACAGGAAAGGUCCCCAAAUGGGCGGCUCAUGCCUCUGAGAGAAAUCAGAGCAAGGUGUCAACAGACACGUGUAUACCGGUGCGCUUUUUCCAAUUCGAAAGCGCAUUUUGAAACAGUUUUGUAUCUUAUGAGGGCACACGAAAUGGCACCUGUUUGCAGCGCUCUUGCGAGCUGGGCAAGCUCGAACUGCACCAAUUCGAUGGAUACGCAAUGGCUGGUUGGCCCUGAAAA